CGGUAUCCCGGCAUGCCUGAACUCCAGUGGCUCAAUAGUAAGCUCCGCCAAGGGCGCCUCCUGAUGACGCACACGGAAGCGUCGGCACCUCCUGGAGAAACGGAGACCUGAGCAGCUCCGUCCCUGAGGCCAGCGGCGGCGGCGUUUCCACCCGGUCAGACAGCUCUCGGGGAGUCUCGGACGUGAGGCCCGAGACCCCAGCCCCUACGAGCCCAGAUGCCCGUCCAGCCUCCAGGCAAAGAAGCGGAAGAGAUGGAGGCAGAAGGCGACUCAGCAGCUGAGAUGAAUGGGGAGGCGGAAGAAAGUGAAGAGGAGCGGAGCGGCAGUCAGACGGAGUCAGAGGAGGAGAGCUCAGAGAUGGACGACGAGGACUAUGAGCGGCGCCGCAGUGAGUGUGUCAGUGAGAUGCUGGACCUGGAAAAGCAGUUCUCAGAGCUGAAGGAGAAGUUAUUCAGGGAACGGCUGAGCCAGCUGCGCUUAAGACUAGAGGAAGUGGGGGCUGAGAGAGCCCCAGAAUAUACAGAGCCUCUUGGAGGGCUGCAACAGAGCCUAAAGAUCCGCAUUCAGGUGGCAGGAAUCUACAAGGGCUUCUGUAUGGAUGUAAUCAGGAAUAAAUACGAGUGUGAACUCCAGGGAGCCAAACAACACCUAGAGAGUGAGAAACUGCUGCUGUAUGACACGCUGCUUGGGGAGCUGCAGGAGCGGAUCCAGAGGCUGGAGGAGGACCGCCAGAGCCUGGACAUUAGCUCUGAGUGGUGGGAUGACAGGCUGCACGCCAGAGGCGGCUCCAGGACCUGGGACUCACUGCCACCCGGCAAGAGGAAGAAGGCACCUCUCGUUUCUGGCCCAUACAUCGUAUACAUGUUGCAGGAAAUCGACAUCCUGGAGGACUGGACGGCCAUCAAAAAGGCCAGGGCAGCAGUGUCCCCUCAGAAGAGGAAAGCGGAUGGACCCUGACCCGUGUUCACACUCAGAGGGUCCUUGGAGCAGCUGGUACCUCACACGGGACUAACACUUCCUGCAAAGGCAGGGGUUGCCUAGUAGCUCUCCAGUGUUGCUGCUGUCCCAACCUCUGUUCUCCGUGGGAUUGGCAUAGCUGUGGCCCUGAAGCUGACCUGGCCUGGUGGUGACCUGGUGACCCUGACCAGCCACCAUUUCCCCGUCCCAAAGAGUAACUUCCUCAGCGUCCCCAACAAAGAAAAUGGGCUUCUUCCAAAGCAGCAACCCUCCUGACUUUCAACCCUGCCCCCUAGCCACCGAGCCAGGAGCUGGGCUCCACUGCAGGAGGAACUCUAGAGCCAGAAACAUUAUGUUGGGGUCUUGCCCAUCCUGGCUGUCGUUGGAGAUGACAGCUUCCCAGACUUUCUCAGGGCCAUUCCUGGUGUCUGCCUCCCAGAUUCCAAAGACUGGAAUAAAACUUAUCCUGGGACCUUGA